GAUGGCAAAAAAGUUAUUCCGCUAAAUUCGCUGAGUUGAGAAAAUUCUUUAUUUGAGUGAAAAACCCUAUUAGUGCUGAGAAAAAGCAAAAGUAUCGUGUGGAAAAGUGAAAAUAAAGCUCACGGAUUGUGUUUCUCAAGAAGAAACGCAGAGAAAAUGACGGAUACUCCGGGUGAUUCCACCCCAACCCCAAUGCGACACUACAUCUCUGAAGGGGGCACCCAUGUCUCACGCACUCUGCCCCGAUGCGCAGUUUGCAAUGAAUCUUACAGCUUUCCCGGAAACACGAAUAAGUACCAUCAACAUUUGCCGGUAUUGCUGACAUGUGGCCACAUGAUCUGCGAAUCAUGUCUCCGGACAAACAAGACACGAAACUUCAUCAAGUGCCCCACUUGCAAUACUCUCAUUGCGCUAACGUUCAAGAGGAAAACCACCGAACAAUUUGAGUUCAAUUUCUACGUAUUCGGCCUGAUUAAGUUCAUCACCACAUUUGGUGACAGGGAGGAGUCCGGACAGACUCAGGCUCCAGCUGUGCCAAAGUGUGGUGAAUGUUCUCUUCCUGUGGCUGACCGGAAGUGCCUUCAGUGCGACUCCCUCUUCUGCCAUGAUUGCUUCAAGACAGUCCAUCAGUUCAAUGUCUUCCGAUCGCACCAAUCGCUUGAAUUGACAUCCUCAGUGAAAUUUCAACAUAUUCCCACACACUGCGAAACACAUCCCGGGAAGCAAGUUAACUUUUACUGCGAGACAUGCGAUAAGGCAAUUUGCUUGGAUUGCAAAACCCAAAUGCACCUAAUUCAUGUGGUGUGUCAGCUGUUUGAGAGGAAUGUCGCCACGCAGAAGGAGAUCCCAGCGUAUAUCACGCUCCUCGAUCAGCUGAAUCAGCUAAACAAGAUGUCAGUAGAGACGUGCAAAGCUGCAUUGCAGAAGGAAAAGUUAUAUGCACAACAAAUGAUUGAAGAGAUUUCGCAGCAUUUUAUCGGGCUACAUGGCUCCCUUCAGCUUGUUGAGUCGCAACUUGUGAAGAGAGUGAAGGAUCGUUUUGGUGAGAAUCUCGUGAAGAUUCAAGCAAUGCAGGAGAAUCUCAAAGCAAAUCAGGAUCAAAUUGAGACGAAUAUGGAGAAAGUCACCUACUACUCACGCAAUACACCGUACAAUUUGGAUUUGGAGUCCCUCCUGCGAGACAUCAGUUCAUUUGCAAAGGAGAUGCCGUGUGAUUUGAAUGUUUGCCAAUCACCACAUAAUCCAUUUACAUUCCAAAAGCCCCCGGUACCGGUUAAUUUGGCCGAUGGGUAUGCCCUAAAGUGGGAUGAGGGUAUUUCAAUGUUCCUCAAGCCGUGUCAGAGUAUUUCAUCGCCACCGCACUAUCAGCGAAGUACGGCCCAACCCGAAAUGUCCAAACAGCUUUUUCGUGACCCCCUCCGAGAGCACAGACAGCUUCGUGAGCUGCGUGAGCACUGUGAGCACCGUGAGUCAUUGUCACGAGAGCACAGCCGAGAGUACGGAGAACACCGAGAAUUCCGGCAUAAGAAUAAGGAGAGGCUUUCGGGUCGAAAGGCCCAGUCUGAGGCAGAACUUACCGGGUCAUCGCGUGAUUCAUCACGACCGAAAUCAAUGGAACUCAUGGAUGUUGAUGAGCCAAAGGUGCGAAAGCAUCGAAAAUUAUCACACCGUGAGAAAUCCCGCGAAUCAAGUGGUGAGAGGCAUUCGCGGAAGGGGACGACGCUUUUCCCUAAGAUAUCGCUUUUGAAGAGUAUUCAAUCGGAAUCGGUGAAUGUGAGUCAUAUAAAGAAUCCACAGGAGAUUUACAUUCAGAAUCUCACAUUUGCUUCGAGUACGGCAUAUUUUUUCGAGAUGUGUGCCAAUAUGGCGAACGAAGGGGUUAAGGCGGAGGAAAUUGUUGCCAAUGAGAUGUACCUGAUGAAGGAUACGUCGGAUGGUCGUGAACGAUGGUACCGGUGUGAGUUGAAGCAUCACUAUGUCAAGGAGAAGUUGUAUGAGGUGCAACUAAUUGACUUUGGGAAUUUGCGCAAAGUGACCAAGAGUCUCCUACGUACGUGUCCGGAUGAGCUGAAGAAUCAACCACGUGGGGCGACACAGUGUACGUUGUACAAUAUUCAUCCGAAGAAGGGGCAAUGGACAGAUGAGGCAAAUUGUUUGCUCUCUGAGCUAAUUCUGUCGGAUUCAGUGACUAAGAUGACAAUGGGAAUGGAGGGGGAUGCUCAUGUGGUGGAUUUGAUUGUAAUGAAGAAUCUCACACCAAUCUCAAUUCGUGAGACACUCGUCAAAGUCAAUCUGGCACGCCAUAUACCCACAAAUGAUCCACAAAUGCUCAAACUCAUCUCGGAGCUCAAUAAGUACAUUAAUGCAGCCCACACCACAAGUCCAAAAUUCUACUCACAAACUAUCGCAGUGGGUGGAUAUUUUGCACCCAAAGUCAUCCAUGUUGUCUCACCGUUGGACUUUUAUGUAAUGAAGGCAAUGGAUGUCCCAAUGUAUGAGGAGCAAAUGUACGCAAUGGAUAAGUAUUACAACGAUCGACAGGAGCAGCGAAUUUACAGUCCGGAAAAUAAGAUGCCCGUGGCGAUUAAUCACAAUGGUCAUUGGCACCGUGGGGAGGUGACGAGUGUGAAGGGACCGCUGCAGGUGGAAGUGAGAUUGGUGGACGUUGGGACGGUGAUCACGGUGCAUUUGAGGAGUCUCCGUACACUUCACAGUGAUUUCAUGAAGCUCUCCAAGGGGGUCAUUGCUUGUUCCCUCGCCCACGUGGCUCCGUGCGAACAGAACGACUACCAGUGGCCCCGUGAAGCACUUGAGACCUUCUGUGCAUUGACAAAUAGCGAUAAUUUGGAGCUCUUUGUACACAGCACCCACACCUCAAAGCGCAACACCUUCAACGUGACACUCUACAGUGUGCGAAAGGAUAAGAAUAUUUCCAUAAAUGCUCAACUUGUUCAAUUGGAAUUUGCAACAUCCACUGGGACUGAGAGUGUUCAGGUUGAAUUUUACAAAGACAUUGAAGAAUUGACCGAUGAUGAUCCGGUAAAUGCCACAAAAAUUUCCAUUCCAUCAACAUCGAAGGACACAAAGCGAUCAUUCCGUAUCAAUUCCAAAAUUCUCAACAUAAUCAAUCCAGGAGAAUUUUAUGUGAUCUUCAAGCACAACAUGACACUAGUUGAUCAAGUUCAGCGAAGAAUUCAGAAUCUAAUGGCCAAAAGUGAGGCACCAUUGUUGCCACAGGAUUGGCAAAUUGAUGAUAUGUGCUGCGUAAGGGUAGAGUUGCCCGAUGAUCCGGUUUGUGAGUGGCGUAGGGCAAUUGUUAAGGAUAUCGAUGAAUCAUCUGGGAUGUAUGAUGUCUUCCUCGUGGAUGCAGGUGUUCAAGUGCGCGUGAAAAAGGAGCUCACUGCUCCAGUUCCAUCUGAAAAACUAAAAGCUACCUUCUUUGCGGCCUUUCUGUGCCAUUUGUCGCACAUUGCACCCACAGCGGGGAGCAAAGUGUGGCCAUCGUCGGCAAUUGAUAAGUUCAAGAGCUACUGCAACUCGAAGAAGUUUGAAGGGUACGCCGUGACAAUGGUUGGACGUUCUGUGAACAAUUCCAUACCUGUGGUACUCUGGGGACGCAUGGAGGAGGAUGAUCCACUUCAACCGACCAUUGUGCGUUGGAAGAAUAUCAAUGAGUCGCUUGUGAAGCGUGGCUAUGCGCAUCUUACGGAGAAAUUUCCCGCGACAUUUGACAAUGAAAUUGCCGAAAUGGAACUUCAGUUGAAGAAUCAUGAAUUUCAGCAAUUUAUUGAGAGUCUCAAUAAGAGUUCCCUGAUGGAGACGGCGGUAAUUGAUGUGGAUUCGUGGGAGAGUAAACUCACGUCGGAGAUUACAGCUGUGCUGGAGUGGAAACCAGCAGAACCGUGGAAGGAGUCAAUUUUCUUAGGGGUGGCAACGUAUGUGGAUAAUAAUGGGAUCAUUCACAUGUACAAUGUGAAGAAUCGCAAUCUUCUCGAUAAGAUGCGUAUAAUUGCCGAUGAGGUUCUCCGGGAGACCCUUCCGUCGCCAGUUGAGCAGUUCUGGGCGAAGAAUCAGCCGUGUAUGGCAAAGUAUCAGGCUGAGGAGAAAUUCUUCCGUGGCGUUGUGAGGCGUGUGGACAAGGAGAAGGGGCAGUGCUUAGUGCAAUUUGUCGAUUAUGGGAAUAUUGAGGAGGUAUCCUUCAAGGAUAUGCGAAAGAAUCUUCUCUUUGGCAACAUUCCCAUUCAAUCGUAUCGCUUUAAAUUUGUCAAUCUCGUGCCAAUUAAGCGUGAAGAGCCGUGGCCGUGUGAUGUGCUGGAUAAAAUGCACGCCUACACGACGGGGCAUGAAUGCAUUGCAAUGCUGAAUGGUCCUCCGGAGGACAAUGGUACAGGAUUGUAUGAAAUGGUGAGUCUCCGGAUGGGGAAUAUUGAUCUUGUGGAUUAUCUGCUGCAGAAUGAUUAUGCAGCUCGGGCACUACCAGAGACAGCAGCAACGGUGGUUCAGUGCACUCAGCUGGAGUGCUUAAAACCCGAUGGGAAGACAAAGGUGAAGACUGAACCACCGGAAUUGGAUUCAAUCAGCAAAUAUCGGGAGUAUUUCAAUCAGAAGGACAUCAAGGAGCAAACUCUCCUCCUUUCGGAGAAUGAUGAUCUCGAUGAGGAGGAAUCAACGGAUAAUUCCGACUACAAAGAGGAUCCAAGUUCAGAUGAAUCAGAUGCGGAUGAACCAUCCCCCCUGGGGGGUGCAAUGAAGAAAUAUCGCGGGGAUGAUGAUGAAGAAUCCACCGUUGAGCACUUUAACCCGCUGUACACGUCAACAGAGGUCCCAAAAGGACGUGAAAUGUUCCCCUAUUUGGAGCUAGAUAAGGACUGUAGGGGAUUCUAUGGGAAAACCACCGAAUUGAUGUCCCCACUUGAAUUGUACUUCUGCCCUGAGAUUGAAUCGCACACACUGAUGCACACAAACAUGGAGAAGUGCCUUCAGGAUGCAGCUGCGUGGUACACCCCUGUAGACAAAGUGAACCCCACAACGGCCUACCUUGCGCGCUACGAUGAAGAUGGUCGUUGGUAUCGGGCCAUUGUGAAUUCCGAUAAGAUCAUUGAAGAUGAGAUUUACGUGCGUUUUGUUGACUAUCUCAAUACGGAAAUGGUGAAUUUGAAGUACAUCAAGCCACUCCAUGAGAACUUCCAGUGUAUCCCACUCCGCAACAUUCACGUACGUCUUGCGGAUGUGAAGGUGAAUCCACGCUAUCAUGCCAUCGAUGCAGAACGUGAACUAAGGGUGAUGCUGCACCAGAAGAGGGUCUAUGCGAAGAUUGUGAAGAUCGGAUCCCCUCAUCUCGUCAAGCUCUACGCAGAUAAAGAUGAUGAAAAUGUGAUUUAUCAGUCUCUCAUUGACAGGCGCUUCUUCGUCUCAACUGGUAAAAAUUAAAACAAUUUCAUUUACCUAGUGUUUUUGUUGCCUUUCUCGGCAUUCUAAAGGAUGAUCUCCUAUCAUGUUUCUCAUUUUUUUUCUUUUAAAUCCAUAACUAAAAUAACAAAAGUUAUUUUUCAUUGAAUUUUUAUAUUUUCAUAUUCUGAAGUCUUAAAGAAAAGCGUUAAAAAUAAACUGAAUUAGUGUUCCAAGAAAACGUACCAAAUAAAGAUAUAUUCAUACUUUUGCCAA